UGUAUCUCUCUCUCUUCUCUGUUUCUACUCUUGCCGUCACACCCUUACUCGUAGAGAGACAGAUAGAGAUAGAGAUAGAGAUGGAGAAAGCAAUCGAUAGACAGAGAGUUGUGCUCCAGCACCUUCGUCCCUCUUCCACCUCUUCUUCCCUCGAGAACAUCGAAUCUUCUCUUUCAGCAUCUGUCUGUGCUGCUGGGGAUAGUGCAGCAUACCAUAGAACCUCUGUCUAUGGGGAUGACGUAGUCAUAGUCGCCGCAUAUCGGACUGCACUUUGCAAGUCAAAGAGGGGAGGUUUCAAGGAUACUUUUCCUGAUGAUUUACUCACACCUGUUCUGAAGGCAUUGAUAGAGAAAACAAAUCUGAACCCAAGUGAAGUUGGAGACAUCGUUGUGGGCACAGUAUUGGCAACAGGCUCUCAAAGGGCAAGUGAAUGUAGGAUGGCUGCAUUUUAUGCUGGUUUCCCUGAAACUGUGCCGAUUAGAACUGUGAAUAGGCAGUGUUCAUCUGGUCUUCAGGCCGUUGCCGAUGUAGCCGCAGCUAUUAAAGCUGGAUUUUAUGAUAUUGGGAUUGGUGCUGGGUUGGAAUCCAUGACAUCAAACCCAAUGGCAUGGGAAGGAUCAGUCAAUCCAAGAGUCAAGACAAUGGCACAAGCCCAAAAUUGUCUACUCCCCAUGGGUGUUACUUCAGAAAAUGUUGCACAUCGUUUUAAUGUAACAAGGCAGGAGCAAGACCAGGCUGCGGUUGAUUCACAUAGAAAGGCUGCUGCAGCGACUGCUUCUGGUAAAUUUAAAGAGGAAAUAAUCCCUGUGGCAACCAAGAUUGUUGAUCCAAAAACUGGAGAAGAGAAACCAGUUACGAUCUCCGUUGAUGAUGGAAUUCGGCCAAAUGCAACAUUGUCAGAUCUGGCAAAACUGAAGCCUGUAUUUAAGAAAGAUGGGACGACCACUGCUGGAAAUUCUAGCCAAGUGAGUGAUGGUGCUGGAGCUGUCCUCUUGAUGAAGAGAAGCCUUGCAAUGCAAAAAGGGUUACCCAUUCUUGGUGUAUUCAGGACUUUUGCUGCUGUUGGUGUAGACCCUGCUAUCAUGGGUGUUGGUCCUGCCGUUGCAAUUCCAGCUGCCGUCAAGGCUGCGGGUCUUGAACUUGAUGAUAUUGAUCUUUUUGAGAUAAAUGAGGCAUUUGCAUCCCAAUUCGUAUAUUGCCGUAAGAAGCUAGAACUUGAUCCAGAAAAGAUCAAUGUUAAUGGAGGUGCAAUGGCCAUUGGGCAUCCUCUGGGUGCCACAGGAGCACGCUGUGUUGCCACAUUACUGCAUGAGAUGAAGCGUCGUGGCAAAGACUGCCGCUUUGGUGUCAUAUCGAUGUGCAUAGGCACAUGAAUGGGGGCUGCUGCUGUUUUCGAAAGAGGUGACUCCGUUGAUGAGCUCUGCAAUGCUCGGAAGAUUGAGAGCAACAACCUGCUAUCGAAAGAUGCUCGAUAGAAUCCACCAUUCAUUCUUUUCAAAUUACUGCAAACAAUGUCAUAGCUGAGGUUGGAAACUCUAGCAAAGCAAUGUAAUAAUGUGGGUUGUGGGGCUUUAAGCCCGGUAUGAUUAUAUCUCAAUAAUGUGAUACAUAAGGAGUUGUUGGCUAGCCAUAGACGAUCUGGAAUAUUCCUGGGCCUGUAAUGGCUGACCAUAGAUGUGUCACAAAAGGCCACCAAUGGGUGGUCUUAAUCUGUAGUUUGACUUUUUUAAAAAAGAAAAUUUAUUUAUAUAAUUUUGUUCUUCAUUAGGCAGGGAACACUAAAUUCUGGAUA